AUGCGACCCCUUCUCCCACCAGAGUGGCUCAGUGAUGCCAGAGUCGCUCUGAGCCACGUGCCAGCCUUCGAUGAGAGGAAGGAUGUUCCAGAGUUGUCACUACAGAUCACUCUGCCAUGUGAAAGUGAGCACCACUAUGAAUACUCCGGACGGUGCUGCACAAAGUGUGAGCCAGGAAAGUAUAUGUCUGCUAAAUGCACUGGUACUUCUGAUAGUGUGUGCCAGCCAUGUGGCCCAAAUGAGUAUAUGGAUGUCUGGAAUGAAGAAGACAAAUGCUUACUACAUAAAAUAUGUGAUCAAGGAAAAGCUCUGAAAGAAGUGAAUCCAGGAAACAGCACAUUCCAGCGGCAGUGUGCUUGUACAAUGGGUUACCACUGGAACGACGACUGUGACUGCUGUCAGCGAAACACCAUAUGUGCGCCAGGAUUUGGAGUCAAGCAUCCUGUGCAACAAGACAAGGAUACAGUAUGUACACCGUGUCCCACGGGCUACUUCUCAAAGGUUGCUUCAUCCACUGAUGAGUGUAAAUCCUGGACCAACUGUACAGCUCUGGGAAUGGCAGAAAUUGUCCCUGGGACUGACAAGUCAGAUGCAGUUUGUGCAGAACGGAAGAUGCCUGAACAACCAGAAGAUGGAACAAGCAGGAUCUUGUACGUGUUGAUUGUCAUCUUGUUUUUCGUGGCACUAAUUGGCAUUGUCAUCUUCAUCGUAUACUACAAGAAUAAGGGAAAAAAGCUCACAGCAGAUCUACAGAACUGGGCUAACGAAGUAUGCAGCCAAAUAAAAGGAACAAAGGAGCCUCCCAGAGAUGUGUUUGUUACCACCAGUAUAACAAACGCUGCUGCUCCCCAGAUUUCUGAAGGAACGUGUCUGCUGGGUCCCACUGGUUAUUCUACCCCCGCAAACACAUCUUGCACCAGCAGUCACCAUUUGUGCAUGAACGGCAGCCCACAGACAGCUCCAUACGAGCGGGCAGGGAACCUCCAAGAGUUUUCUGUGGUGUCUGAGACAGAUGAUGACCAUUUCCCACCAGUUCCCAUGGAAGAUGAAUAUAUGGAUAAAGAUCUCAAUACUGCUGAUUAUUUAUCUUUACUGAGUCGGCCUGACAGUAAAACUGUGUCAUCAUUUUCAGAACCAGUGGAGAUAGGGGAGAAUGAUAGCUUAAAUCAGUGCUUUUCAGGGACUGGGAGCACAGAGGACAUAUCUGUUGCUCAGGGCUCUGACCCUUCCUCCGAAAUGGAUGGUACACAUGCUGCUAUAGACAGAUAUCUUCAGAAAUCUUGCCAGCAUGCCCACAGCUGCCCAAAGGAAAUAAUAGACAACAAAGACACAGAUCGUUUUCCAGCGAACCAUGACUCGGAGAAGAUCUGUGUGAGGUGUGGCAUUUCAUACAGGGAAUCUCCCAGAAAGUGGAGCAAACCCUACUGUGCAACAGUUGACAGUGCCUCCACCUCCCCAGAAAUUGGAUCUUAUGCACAGUGCACUUGUGGCUUGCAUUUUCUCUCUGCUGGUCAGAGCACGCUAGCAAGUGAUCGUGGUAUGGAAGAUGCAUCUUCUGAUGGUCCCGACACAAAGCAGCAGCAUACAAGAAGCACUUCAGGGACAAACAACAGUACUUCAGACCUUCCACCAGCAUCUGGAAAUGUGACUGGAAACAGUAACUCCACAUUCAUUUCAAGCGGACAAGUAAUGAACUUCAAGGGAGACAUCAUUGUUGUCUAUGUUAGUCAAAACUCCCAGGAGGGGACAGCGGCCACCGGAAUAACCGACGAGAACGUGGGGAGCCCCGUGCAAGAGGAGAACCUGAGCCGCUGCGAGACUUUUGCCGGCAACACCCAGCAGUACAAGGAGAAGUGCGCCGAGGUGCACGGCGCGGGCGGCGGAGGGCUGCAGAGCGCCGGCACCUACGAGCGGCGCGCCAGCGGCCCCGUGGCGCAGGAGCAGAGCCCAGCCGGCGGCGGCAGCGGUGGCAAGCGCCGCUACGGCGGGGCCUCGCAGCCCGUGCAAGAAGAGGGGAAGCUGGGACAUUUCUCGGAGAAGGUGUUGAACUGACGUCAACCGGUGUCCUUCCGAGUGUGACAGCGAGGACACGGCCGAGGGCCGAGGCGCUGAAGGGCAGCCCGCGAGGGGCUGUGGUGGGAUGCACGGCUGGGCCAGCUGCCAAAACCCGUGUUGUUGCAGCAGAUUCAUUUGUUCGGUGACUGUUGCUACCCCCUGGUGUCUCCCGGGAAAUUUUCCAGAUGGAAAGGACCAUGCUGGUGCCCGUGCCUGUGAUGCUAUUGCUGUGGAGGUUGCUGGUGGGAAUAGACACAAGCAUGCAUGAAGCCAGGUGUGCUGCUGCCAUUGCAGAAGGAGCUGCAUGGGUCAGGAGGACCCUGUGCCUCUCUCCUUGGCGGUGCGGUGGGCACCCCACAGACCCCCCCAUUCCCUUGUGCCUUUGCAGGGGAAGCAGCAAAGGACAGUUUAGGCGGUUCUUUGAGUUGGGGACUUUGCGAGGAGGGCAGCCUUAAUCGCUGGGCGUACAGGGUAUUCCUGGAGUAUGAAUAACACUGUGGAGCAGCGUACUGAAAGCAGCCCCUCAGCACUGCCUCAGAUUUUUUCCUAGAUGGAAAUUUUGGAACUGGUUAAGGUGAACCCUUUGGCUGGGUCUCGGGCUUCCUUGAUACCUUGGGUGGUGGAAGGAAGUGAUGGUCACCUUUGCUUUCGAGAUUAGAGCCGCUGCUGACCUUUGCCUCCUCCAGAGAAUCAGAUGGCUUCAGCCCUUCCCAUUGCUCUUCGAGAGAACAGACGCUCUGGUCUUAAACCAGUACAAAAGUCAAGAUCCUUGUCAGUCUGUUAUUAACUUGUAGGUAUGUAUAGGUACAGUGCUUCCCGGAGCACACAAUAACAGGUACAAUAGAGCUGAUAUGCCUUAAAAGCAUAUCAAACAAAUUCUCAGCGAAGAAUAUUUAUAGUUUUGGACCCUAAUCCACUUCUUCCAUAUUGCAUCUCUCCAAAGGAAUUCAACCCCCUGAAGUUGAAGAUAAGAGUAAACUUUGCCUGACACUUUGUUGGAUAAAUAAUGUCACUGAAGUUUAAGGUACAAGCUGCUAACAGGUAGAGGAGGGAUCUAAGAUAAUUAGUUGUAGACAUUUCCUGAGUUAUGAGAGAGGGAGUGAGUGCCUGAACAGGGAGAAUUUGGUCAGAGUCAGACAUGCAUUCCCUCAUCUGCCCAGACAAUUUUGUCAUUCUUUCUGAUAUUUUCAUGAGUAAGCACAGAUUUAGUUAGGCAGUGUGGAAACAGACCCAGAGUUUGGCCUAUUUGGGCUGAAAUCAGAGUCUAACCACUCUCACACUAAGAGCUGAUGAGCUACAACAACGAAGGAUCUGAUUUAAAGAAUAAUAAUAAUUGCAGUUAGUAGAGAGUCUCAGCUACUCAACUGGAUUUGGUUCAGGUCCUGUAUCCUUUAGUCUCCUCCACCAGCCACUGUGAGGAGAAGGGUAAAGGGAACAAAGACUUGGGGAACUCCCAACAUGAAAAGAUGACAUUUCUAAUGUUUUCCUGACAAGGAAUAGUUUUUGACAUUCUCCUGCACAUGUGAGUGCAGCUCACAGUAGGCUAUCUUCAGUCCAAGCCUUCAGAAAGAUCUGUCAUACGUUUCCUACUAGAUAGCUAAGGGAUCUUUUACCUAGUGUGAUCUCAUCUUGACUGAAAAGACUCUUUUAGCUGAAGAUCUCUAGCUAGAGAGGAUUCCUUUUCAGGUAGGUUUUAGAGCCAAGAGAUUCACUGAAUAGCUGCUUUCUUUCCAAUAGUAGUGCUCUGAGGGUGAAGACCACCUAUAAAGCUAACAAAGUGACCACCACAUCGUAAAGAACUUCUCAUCCCUAACUGAAAAGCCACCUUCACCUCUCAGGAGAGUAAUUCCAAACUAUUUAUAUAUCUGGGAUUUAAAGUUCAGCCCAAGCAUGCAAGGCUGUCUCUUGGGGACUGGGAGAAGGAGUCUCACUAGGUCCAUUCUGGCAGGCAUCAUGCCUUUUACAAUCGUGGAUGACAUUUUGCUAAAUAUCAGAUCACCAUUCCUGUGGACUGCCUGAACUUGCUUCAGAAGUCUCUGAGAAAUGCUGGCAUCUGAUAGAGUAAUCCAUCAAGGCCUGUUUAGUCAUACAGCAAAGAAAAUAUCAGAAUAGUGUAUUUUUGUGUUUCUCAGGCCUGUCAGCAUCUCCCAGGUCAUUCACAGUCACUACUCUACUUUAGGGUCUGUGAACAUCUUUGCAUGGACUUGAAAAAACUAAGAGAGCCUAGACUAGACUCAGGUGGGUAGGUUGUCCCACUGAGUGAUGGCCCAAGCUAUUGUAACCUCUACUCCUUUGAAGGUGUGUAACUGAGGCUGUCUUAUCUGUGGUAGUGUUUUGCCUUUCCUGCUGGAUCCUUUAAUGGGGAUCUGUAACUUCAUUAGGCCUAACUCUAUAUCACCUUGCACGGGUAUAACAUGGAGAAGGAAGCAGGGACAUACAUCAGAUUCAUGCAAGGUGAUAUGGACUUUUCCCACUUUGUUUCUUUUUUUCAGUCUUAUUUUCCUGAAAAUUACUUAUCCAGGACACCACUCAAUCAGCCCCACUUGUGCCUUUGCACGGGAAGCGGCAAAGGACAGUUUAGGUGGUUCUUUGGGUUGGGGACUUUGCGAGGAGGGCAGCCUUAAUCACAGCCCAGCAGGAUGGAUUGAUUUUUCCUGCCCAACUCUGGGUAAACUAGCUAUUUGCAGGUCUCCCUUCUUCUUCUUCUCUCUCUGUAGCUUCUUUUUGUGGCACAGCCACUAGAAAAGAAAGUAGAUAGAGCACAGGCUCAAAAUUUUCAUUUCAGAGAAGACAAUGGGAAAUUCACUAUUGAGCUCAGUGAGAACACAUUUUUACUCGCAGUAAAGGAUCAGAAGAUCCUACUGAGCAAGAUUUGAAAUUAGGAUGAUCAGCAAGCAUGAAAAUGGUUCUUAUGAUCUCAUCAUUGUGGCCACCGCUUAACGGGGAAGCAUGACGCACCGACCCCUUUUUCUUCUUCCAGUUUUUACGCAAAAAUGAAGAAACCAUACCACUGUGCUGCCUGUUCCCUGGCUCUCUACUUGGCUGCUUAGACAUGACCCCAAAGGGAUUUCUGUAUCUUUGUGAUUUCAUUUGCCAUUGGUUGGAACAGGGGCUGUUUUUUAACAUCUGGUUGUACAACAGGGCCUUAUGCACUGGGCACUAAUUUGGUUGUUAUUGUAAUACACAUAAUUAAUGAUAAUAAAAGUC